GCAAACUGGAGAAACGUAUUAGACAGCAUCGAGAAUAGUUGUCGUGCGCGUUUACCGAUGGAGGCGCGGAGACUUUGUUUCUUAUUUGCUUUCUCUCCUCUGUUAAGCCUGGGCCGUUAAUUGCUCUCCGAGCUUGACUAAGCUGCAACCAUGGCGGCCGUGCUGAAGAAGCGAGCACUGGCCGAGUACAGCCAAACCCAGACGGUGACCGUCGAUCAGGAGGCCGGCCCAUCUGUCAAAAAGGUGCGCCUCACCAAGAAGCCAGAGCAGUCGUCCACCCAGGCCGAGGGCUACCUGCAGAUCCUGCAGCGGGCCAAGACGAGCCGCGACUCGCUGCAGGCGCUCACAAGUCUGGCCGAGCUCAGUGCCACGCAGGUGGACGAUGUGGGAGGCGUGGUGCGCCGCCUGCUGGACGUCUUCAGUCGUGACCAGGACUCGGCCGUGCGCUGCGCGCUGCUGCGUCUCAUCGGCCAGCUGAUCGUCGGGUCCGGCCAGCGCGGCCCGGCCGCUGCCACCGCCGACGAGCUGGCUGCUGCGCUCGACCAGGAGGCGUCGGGCGUGCCCGCCGCCGGCUACCGGAGGACGUGCGCCGCCUGGGCGAGGCCACACGUGCACAGGACCCCGCGCGUGCGCGCCGCCGCCCUGCAGGCGCUGCUGACGCUGCACGAUCGCGGCCUGCCGCUAGAUGUGGCGCUCUACGCCGACACGACGGCCGCGCUGCACGACGACUACGAGACCGUGCGCGAGGUGGCGCUGCGCCUGGUACACGUGCUGGCCCAAGCGUACCCAGAGCACCGGGUGGCGCUCACCGACUCGGACCAGACGGUGCGCCUGGCUGAUGACGCGUUCGGGCACGUCUGUAACGCCAUUAACGACCUGGGCGUGCGCGUGCGCGUGCAGGCGGCUACGCUGCUCGGUAGCAUGACUUCCGUGUCGACCCGCUUCCUGGAGCAGACGCUCGACAAGAAGCUGAUGUCGAACAUGCGCCGCAAACGCUCGGGCCACGAACGACUGCGCAGCCUGGUCGUGCGCGGCGAAUGGUCGUCGGGCAAGAAGUGGGGCGACGACGCGCCCAAGGAGCAGCUGCAAGCCGACACGGUCAGCCUGAUGUCGUCGGGCGCGUGCGGCGCGUUCGUGCACGGCCUGGAGGACGAGUACCUGGAGGUGCGCGCCGCCGCGCUGCAGUCGAUGACCGAGCUGGCCACGCUGCAUCCGCACUUCGCCGAGAUGAGCCUCGACUUCAUCGUGGACAUGUUCAACGACGAAAUCGCCGAGGUGCGGCUGCGCGCCGUCGACUCGCUCUCGCGCAUCGGCCAGAUGAUCACGCUGCGCGAGGACCAGCUGGAUGAGAUCCUGGCCGUGCUCGAGGUGUACUCGAUCGACACGCGCGAGGGCCUGCACCGCAUGCUCGGCGACUGCCGGCUGGGCAACACCGACUCGCUCCGCCUCUGCGUGGAGAAGCUGCUCAAGAACCUGAAGCGCUACCCGCAGGACAAGCGGAGCCUGUGGCGCUGUUUCCAGCGUAUGGGCUCGACAAACCCGGACCUGGUGCUGCCGCUAGUGCCCAAUCUGCUGAACAUCCACCCGUACUUCCAGCUGCCGGAGCAGGACGUGCAGGACCCGGCCUAUUGCAUCCUGCUGCUGGUGAUGAACGCCGCCGCCGGCUCGCCCACCAUGAUGGCGCUGCUGGACGAGCGCACGCAACGUCACUUCCUCUACCUUCGCGACACGCUGCCGCACCUGGUGCCUGACCAGCGGGCCGCCGCGCACGACAACGGCGCCGACUUCCUGCAGAGUGUGCUGCGGCGCGCGGCCGCCGCCGAUGGCGCCGGCUCGCCGGGCGGCCGGCGGGCCGCGCUCGAGCAGUGUCGUCGCGACCUGGACCGGCUGGCGCAGAUCGACACGGCGCUGUCGGCGCGCGCCCAGUUCGCGUCGGCCUAUAUCCACUGCCAGAUGCUGCUGGCGCAGGUGACGGCCGACGAGAGCUGGCGCGGCGCCAGCGCCGCCGGGCCGGCGCGCCUGCAGGCCAGUGCCGACCAGCUGACGGCGCUGACGCUGCAGCUGCAGCACCGCUUCUCAGGCCUGGCGCCGGCCGAGGCGGCCGCCGUGCGCCAGCUACGCCUGCGGCUGCUGGGCCUGCGGCUGGUGCUGCUGGUGCGCGGCCGCACCGGCUCGGCGCUGGCGCUCGGUGAGUACUUCCUCGAGCAGGCGCAGCAGCUGGAACGCCACCUGGUCGAGACGGGCCAGCCGCUGGAUGGCUUCGUCGAGGCGUUGGUGCGCGGCCUGGAGGCGCUGGAGGAGCGCAAGGCGGGCGCCAUGGCGCGCGUGCUGGCGCCGCUGCUGACCGAGCCACGGCCGUCAUCUACUACGAGCCGCGCCAGGAGACGGAGCAACCCGCAGAAGUUCACGGCCGGCCUGGUGCUCGGCAUCCCGCUGGACUGCGAGCUGCAGCACGUGGCCGACGUCAGCCAGGUGCGCGUGCGCGUGCAGUACCCGGACCAGCGGGCGCAGCUGAUCAUGCCGCGCGCCACCGACUUCCGCGCGCUGCCGGAGGCGGACGGCGGCUACCGGCUGCGCACCACCGUGCUGGUCAGCCACCAGGUGUGGUCAGAGGAUGGCGAGGUCGAGAUCUCGGUCGUGCUCGACGUCAAGGAGCCCGGCUGCAAGGUGCUGCGCCCUGAGGACUGGCUGCUGUCGCUGUGUCAGGCCGUGCGCGUGGCCGUGCAGCCGCGUGCAGUGCGUCGCAACGUCAUCUGAGGCGGUGCCGUUGCGAUG